CAGCGGGCUUGUUUGAAAGCAGGAAAGCGUUUCGGUAGUUAUUGACAACGGUGUGAUUCACUGAGAAAGUUUGUUUUGGUUUUCUAUAAAAGGCUACAAAUGGUACGUUUAAUUGAUAAUUAAACUCUGGCGUUAAAGCAUGUGGUGACGUUGUUCUGACGUAUCUCGGAAGACUGUCAACAGCAGACAAGAAACGGAAAAUAUGAAUGUUUGUUAAGUGGCCAACGUUAGCUAAGAUGCUAGCUACAGUAGCACUAACUAGCGUUAGGUUGUAUUAGCGACGUGCUAAAGCUUCUGCUACAGUGUUGAUAUCUGCUUGGUUUGGAAGUUACCGAAACGGUCCAAAAAUGUCCUCCAAAGACGACACUCGCGUCCUGGUUUUGGAAGAGCAAGUAAAGAGUUUAUCAGAUGAGUUAAUGCAAUGCCAGGCAGACAAGGAGUUUGUGUGGUCCCUAUGGAAACGCCUGCAAGUGGCAAAUCCAGAAUUGACCCAAGCUGUCAGUUUGGUGGUUGAGCGUGAGAAGCACAAAGCUGAGAACAAGGACAGGAAAGUGUUGGAGAUCCUUCAGUCCAAAGACUACAAGAUACAGGAGCUGGAACAGAAAGUGACAGGGCAGCAACAGGAGAUUAACAACUUGGUACAGAGGAGGACGACAGUGGACGAGGAGAGUGCCUUAAUGAAGAAGGAGCUGACAGCUCUGCGUGAGCAACUGGUCAAUAACAGUCAGGAACUUAAGGAAAUGAAGACGGAGUGUAGGAGGAAAGAGGAGGAGAAGCGGCAGGUGGUGCAGGCUCUAGAGGAGGAGAAAGAGGGAUUAACCUCCCGCUGGGCUGCCCUGCGAGCUGACCUGGAGGAGAAAGAGAGGCAGGCCAACAGCCAACGAGACCAGGGGGAUGCUGCCCAGAACAGAGUCAAGGAGUUGGAGGAGGAGCUACACAAUGCUUGGCAGGAGUUGUCCAGCUUGCAGAGCCACAGUAGCAGUCUAACAGCUCAGCUUUCUUCCAAAGAGAGGGAGGUGGCAGCAAAAGAGGGGCAACUCAAUCAACUUCGUUGUGAGUUUGCAGAGGUGCAGACCCUGUACAGACAGAGUACAGGGCAUGCAGCAGAGCAGAGCCUUCUCAUCAAGCAACUGGAAGGCCUCAACCUAGACACUCAGAAAGUCCUGAGGAACCAAGAAGAGGCACAUACUGCUGACACCACCUCCUAUCAGAGGCUGUACAAGGAGUUGAGUCAGUGCUACCAGGUCCUCGUGUCUAGUGAGGCCAACCUCCGUCAGAGUCACCAGAAGCUCAGCAGCUUGCUGGCUCAAAAAGACGAACACAUCCUGCAGCUCCAGGCCCAGCUACAACAGCAGCAGCAGGAACAGAAACAACUGCAGCAGCAGCAGCAGCAGCAGCAGCAGCAACAACAACAGCAACAACAGGCUCAGCACACACCCCUUUACCCCUCACCAAACAGACAAACCAACUUUAAGGCAGCGGUGUCAGAGCAGGUUGAUGCUGCAGCUCAGAGGUCUAGCCCUGAUUCUGACUGGGCCCCCACCCGAGGCUCAGAUCCCAGGCCAGAGGAUAAGACCCUUCAGCACAGAUCCACCAGUACCGUCGGUGGACAGCGGGGUGCACCAGUGCAGCGAUCCAGGUCUCUGUCCCCAGCCAGCACUGUGGAGUUGGCUAGCGGGAGGAGAAGAAGAGCAGAACAGAGGAUUCAAGACCUUGAGGGGCUGCUGCAAUUGAAGAUAGAGGAGAAUGAAGAGCUGAGGAGGGCUCAUGAUAAACGCCGUGAACGCCUGUGUCUGAUUCAGACCAACUACAAGACAGUCAGAGACCAGCUGAAAGGGAUGGAGAAAUCAAAUGGCAUGCCAGGUGGAAGGAUGCAGCGUGCAGAACCAUGGCAGCUAAGACAAGAGAACAGUGAUGCAGUUUGGAAUGAGCUGGCCUACUUGAAAAACCUCACCAGGAAGCUCUCCAUUGAAAAAGCCGGCGUAGAAGAGGAGCUGGACAUGCUGCGAGUCCAGGCUGCUAUGGACCGGGCCACAGUGAAGGAGCUCCACUUGUGUCUUGCUAGUGAACACCAAGAAUUGCUUCACAAAGUGCCAAAGGAGCGCCAGGUCAAAAGCAGCACUCCGAAAAAGCUUUCUGUUUCUUCGGAGCGAAUGGAACAGUCAUUUAAAAAGAUUGAACAGCUGGAGCGAAGGAUGGUGUCCCUGGAGGAGGAGACAGAGAAGCUGAGGGAAGAGAAAGAGCAGCUACUUCAGGCCAAGGAAGACUUGGCCCACAACUGCCGCAGACUCCAAGCCUCCCUGGAUCAUCUGCGAACCCAGGAAGCUGUCCGUGAAGAGGCAUCCCAAGCCCAGGCCCUGGCCCAGGGGGAGCGGCAUCGCAGCGAGAUCAUGGCUUUAGAAGGUCGGCUGGCUGCCUCUCAGAAAGAGGCUACCAAGCUUCAUCAUCAGUUGCUGAAGCUGAGACAGGAGCUAGGGAUCCUCAGAGCAGCUAGGGACUUCUAUAGGAACCGUGCAGCAGCACCAGUGCGGGCAAGCGGGGCUGCUAGCAACAUUAGUUGCAAGGUCAAAUUCAAAACAACUAGCCUCAGAGGUCCGCUACACCAGCACAGCCAUCGAACAGUCAGCCCCAAUCAAGCCAUCAGCUGGCAAGGCCGCAGCCCCAGUCCCACUAAGGACGAGUGGGAGGACAUGAGCGUAGAUAGUGACAGUGGUCAGGAGUAUGUGGACAGUCUCAACAGUGUGACCUCAAGGACAACGCCUUACAGAAAACAGGUUAACAGAAAGUCCUACAGGUGUUCACGGAUCUCAAACAUAGCGGCACCGGCAACAAAAUCCAACAGAAAACAACCCCAUGUUCUGGCCCAAGACGAUGAACAGCAUGAGCCCUGGGACCGAGGGACGAGAGGAGAAAAAAGGAGGUGGAGGAAAAAGAGGAUGCUAAUGAAGACCCAGCACUGCUCCUCCUCUUCUCUGCAGCAGCGCAUCGAGUCCCUACAGCGUCACAUUGACAUACUGCGAAGUGCCAGGAAAGAUGCUGUGCUUUCAGCCAGAGAGCUGCAAAGGGCCAAUGAAAAGAUAACGGCACAGCUCAACUCCCUCACUGAGAAACUCUGCAGCAGCAAGCAGCUCACACAGAAGCUGACCUCUGACCUGGCUGGAAAGGAGCAGCAGAAAAAGGUUCUGGAGAUGGAGCUGGAGCAGUGGAGGCAGAUCACAUUACCCCAGCAAACUGUACCACCAGCACCAGUAAACGCACAGUGCUCCUGCCAGGGCAGGAUCAUGCCUGCCCCGGAUAAUCCGUCCCCCCAGGCCCUGGAGACUGAGGUCAAACAACUUCAAGCCAGACUUAAGAGUGCAAGUGCGGAGGUCACAAGGCAGGUGGCAGCUAAUAAAGCCCUGCGAGGCCAACUCCAGGAGAAGGAGGACAAGCUCCACCAGCUGCAGGACAACCUUUGUCUCUCCGUCUCCCCUUGUCUCUGUCUGCAUGUUUGCACAUUCUCUGCAGCUCCCAUCUGUAGUGUUUGAUUCCACCAUGUGGUAGCACUCUGUCUGCUGCACUCCACUUAGGCAUGCUACUCCUCUGCGUGUAUCAUUUGUGAAAUUAUGCAUGUUCUCAUCAGCAACUGAAUAAAAAUGACUGAUGGAAUUAGUGUGUAUGCACAUGUUUGCAUGUGGGUGUCUUGUGUGUCAUGUAGUGUGGUGUUGCUUAUGUGGGUAGCUGAUGCGGAGUGCUGAUCAAAGCAGCGUAUUGAUUGUUUGUGUGCCGCAGGAGGGACCAUUUUGGCCCAUGACACUAAAACCCACACAGCAUCACUCUGGCCAGUGGGCCACAAGUCCUAAUGAGUUACAUGGUUCACCUACUGUAGCACUCGCUGCAUUACAUAGUCAGAAUGUAUAGCUAUAAACAAUUCACUCAGAGAAACUGUCGAGAUUUGAACAGUGUUGUGAAAGACGUAUAUCAUCAUUCUGCAUUAGGAUCUCAUUUUUGAACUGAGAGAAAGGUACAAAGAACAACUUUGCUUUCUUCCCUCUCGUUCUCUUUGUCUCGUAUGCUGUGUCCUCUGCCUGCCUUUCUCAAUAAUGCAUCCAGGGCAUGUGUACAAUCACAGCGGCUAUGUGUUUGUGUGUGACCAAAGCGCAGCGGAUCACAGCCAGACAGAGUGAACAUCCCUUAGCUGAGUUUCCACGACAGCCUCAGCCUCUCCUCUGGCUCUUGUCGCACACUCACUCACGCACACACCAAUGUAACUCGCCGUCUCUUCUUGCCUACCUCUCCGUUUGCCUCCAUGGAGGGACCCCUUCUCAGAAUGAAAGACAUGUCUAGACGUCUCUGAAAUAUACAUCUCAGCACACACACAGGGAGCAAGGCUGCUUCGCCUUAAAGAAGAGAUGGGGGGAAAAAAGAAAUGAAUUUCAAAGUAUACCGGCAUGUCCUCAGUCAAUAUCCGGCACUAUGGCCCUGCCUUAUUUAUGAAGCUGCUUCUUUCAUCUUUAGCCCUGUUGUCUAUCAGCCACAUGAAACGUCCACCCGCGCUUCAUUCUUAACAACAUACACAGAAAUGUGCGCUCUCGCUCUCUCUUACGCACACACACUUCAGACCACUGACUGUUAUCAUUACAGUACACGCAUGUUUGAUGAACAAUAUUGCAAACAAGCGCAGAACAAAGGGAACAAACGUGUGAGUGAUUGGGAUAUAGUUUGAGGCUCUCUUUCUCUCUUUCCACUAACACUCAUAAAUAGAGAUCACACGCUCCGACAGAAGCACCAGAUAUCCUUCAUUCUUUUUUAUCCUCUAUUCUUUUUGGGGUGCAGAAGGAGAGAACAUCUAAAAUAAAUGUUGUCGAUCUAAUUGCCAUUAGCAUUGGGGCAGAGGGAGCUCGCUGCAGCUCUUAUUGCUGCUCUCCGUCUUUAAGUCAACACCAGACAGUCAUCUGAAAGGUUCAAUAUGGGUUUUCUCAUUAAUGGCCAAAUCCAUGGGGUAACCAGCCAGCGCUACUUCCCCCCCAAAGACUCCAGGCUAGACUCCUCUCUCAUUUAAUUUAAUGUCACUCCAAUAGGACAAGCUCACAUUUAUUUAGCCAGUCUGCCCUCAGGCAUUCAUCCACCUAGGGAGACAGGGACAUUUACUUACACGAAAGCAUUUGCUCUCACGUUUCGUCAUCUGUUUAUUCAAAACACACGAGCCAUGAUGCAUGUGGGAGCUAUAAGAACCACUACAUCUUUGAAAUAAUAAUUUUAAAAAAGCGGUCAAAACCUUUUUAAUUAACUGCAUCCGUAUGAUCUUUAUUCUAUUUGUUCUAAUUCCCCAAGGUAUAGACAACCAUGAAAAUUACUGUAUAUUUGCCUUUUAUAAAAACAUACUAACAUACUGAGCCCAUUUAAAACAAGGCCUUCCUAUAAUAUGUCUGUGAAGAAUGCUGGAAUAUUAAGCAUGUCAAUACGGCAGGUUAUUGAAAUAGGAAGUGACGGGGUGCACGUUUGCAACAGUUAAGACAUGAAUAGCCUACAAUACAGAGACCUUGCCUCUCUUUAGGGAAGUAUUAUCAGCUCAGUACAGCACACAAACAAACAAACAAUAUUUUUUAGAGCGUAUUCCCUUCAUAAUCAGUCUUUCCAAAGCCAAGUUCCCCUGCUGACAUGUUUUUUAUGUGACUUGUGUAAUGCUGAGCUGAAAAUAAUAAACAUUUAAAAACUUGAUUACAGCCUUUCACGUAGUGUCACUGCUGAUUCGAAAUGCCGUUUGUCAAAAAGGACUCCCUAGUCACACUUAGUGUGCCAUUCCCCGCUAGAGCACUUGUUCUAAUAUGUGCCAGUUAGAAUUAUAUAUGCAUCCUUAUUUCACCCCCUCCACUUACCCAAACAGCAUGCCAGUGUAUUUAGUUGUCAUAAUGAGCUGUCAUGCCUGAUGCACUGCAUGGGGACACUGUGCCUGCCAGCUUUGUGUGUGUGUUUGUUCUGCUAUGUAGAAACAGUGUGUAAGUGUGUGCCCAUGCAUGAAUAUGAAUAUCUGUGUAGAAUUCACACUCAUUUAUACUUUAUAUCAUAUUUGUGUUUUUUUUUA